UUUAUAAUUUCGAAUAAAAUUACAAAUAUUUCUCAAUCACCACCUACGAAUAAUGAUCGGAAACUUCUACUUUUCGCCAGAAUGUAUGGUGAACUUCUUCUUGUUGCUGGAAUGUUCUUCAGAAUAGGUCCCCUUUUGUUUGUUUGAAGCUCGUUAAUCACCAACCAUGACAUUACCUAAAUGUUGUAUACUUCAAAUCGGAACUUCUUUGAAGAAAGACAUUGUUUUGCUUGUUUGAAGAGGUAGAGAGAGACCUGAAUUUGAGAGGGAGAUCUAAAGUUUAAUUUGAGGAAUCACAUAUAGAGACACUUUUGGGGGGAAAUGAUUUUUUUUUUUGUUUUGGGGGGAAAUUGAAAUUCAAUUUGUCACCAUUUUCGUAUAAAUUUCUUGUAUAAAUAACAAAUACAUAGGUUUAAUUCAACAUCACAAACACUCGCCACCAAACAUUUAAUGUCAGAUCUUCUGGGGUUUACACAGUAGAGAUCCCACACCCCAAUUGAAGCAUAAAGCUUUUAAGGGUUUCAAUCGUUGAUCUGAAUUCUGAACAAUGAACUCUCUCACCGAUCAUUCGCUCAUCAAUCGCAUAGCAAAUCAUCUUGAAGAUUCAACCAUGGACAUAGACCACCACCAAGAAGAAGAAGAAGAUCCAUUUCUUCGAUUUAUCAACUAUGCAGGAUCAAUUUUGUCACCCGAUAAAGACGAAACCGAAGAAGAGUUCAACGGACCCGGAUGGAGCUGGAUCGCAAAUCGGAUCCUCAAGACUUGUAUCGCUUAUUCAAGUGGAGUCACCUCUGCAAUUCUACUCUCCGACCUCUCUCAGGCUUGGAGUGAACAACGAAGGACUGUUGCUCCAAAUAAACGGCCGGAUUGUAUUAAUGAGUUGAAAAAGAAGCACAAAAGGGUGAAGCUUCCGAACACUGUCACCAUUGAUUCGAUUUAUGAGAAAAAAUUCUUGUCUUUAAGUAGUGUUAUUGAAGCUGUUAUUGUCGACAGUUUUAUUCUGCCAGGUACAAACAUUUACAUGCUUAGUUUGGGGGACUUUUGGAGCUCCAAUACCAUUGAUCUGUAUCUUCACCGCAGAUAUUACAACUUGGCAGAUCCUAGCAACGGGAUUCUUAAGAAAGGGCGGGAGAUUUUCCUCACAGGAUGCUAUCUUCGAACUGCCUCUGAAGGAUCUGGUUUUCCACGUCUCUUGCCAACUGAAUACCUCGUGAUACUGUUAGAUGAGGACCAAGAUGACGAUGCAAUGCUGCUGGGAGCACAGUUUUGUUCAGAUUCUUUCUCUUCCAUUUCUUUCUCUUCAGUUAAUGAAGGGGAUUCUUAUUCGUUAUAUGCAAGGAUUGAAUCUAUUGGGUCACUGGAAAUACAAGGAAAUAAUGGUAGUUUGCGGAGGAAACAAAUUAGUCUUGUGGAUAAUAAUGGUGUCAGAUUAAAAUUUCUAUUGUGGGGUGAGCAGGUUCUUCUUUCCGACCUUUUAAGUGUCGGAAGUAUGCUUGCACUGGAUAGACCGUUUAUUGCAAGUUCAGUUGACAGUGCAUCUGAAACAUGCGAAGAAAUUUGUCUUGAAUAUGGUAGUGCAACACAAUUAUACCUGGUGCCUUUCAUUCAACAUGAGGAACAGGUAUGUAUAGCAUUGACUCAAAAUCGGUAUCAAGGAUCAAGGCUGUUGAGUGCAUUAGAUCCAAGUCAGGGACCAAAAUUUUCUCAAGUGACCUUGCCCUGCGAUUCUCAGGGUUCCAUUGACUUCAGUAACUAUCCUUUUAGAUCAUUUGUAAAUGAUCUUCGUGACAAGAUGACAAGCAUCAGCCUCUAUGGUGUUGUUACAGACAUGAUGGGAGAAAGAAAAACUACGGAUUCUAUUUUCUCAUUGAGGAUUAAAGAUACCACUGGUGCAAUUUGGGCAAAGCUGCAUUUUGUUGGAUCUUGGUCAUUGGGAAGACUAGGCCUUGGUCACACUGUAUAUAUAUCUGGCUUGACAUGCUCUAUGACAAAACAAAAAAGCCUUGAAGUAUUGUGGUUUGAGAAUGAUGUUGGAGCUUCAUUUAUCAACCUUAGUUGCUUGCCAGCAUUGCUGAACUCAUCUUGUCUUCACAAGUUAUCAUAUCUUUCUGAUCUAUCCAGCCAGACUAGCAGUACACAUAUAUGUACAGUUUGGCUUGACCAAAUCGAACAUUGUCAUGUAAAUACGAGAUUUUCACAUGCCUGUUGCGGUCAUUUUGUUGAGAAGACACCUUACGGUGGUGUUGAGUGUCAAUUCUGUCAUUGCAGUUGCAAUGAUGAAGUUGUGCGCACUUUCCAUUUGAAAAUAACUCUUGCUGAUGAGAGUGCAAAAGUUUUUACAUGGUGUAGUGGUCAAACUGCUACAGAGUUACUGCAAAUAUCUCCUGAUGACUUCUACGAGUUACCUGAGGAAGAACAAAUCAUGUAUCCUUCUUCGCUGGAGAACGAGAGAUUUACUGUUGCAUUAGUGAAUUGUACAGGGCAUGAGCGUGGACUCGACGACAGUCUAAUGCAAGAAUAUGGUGCAGCUACAUGGGAGAUAACUCGUGCACUUAAAUGUGAAUGAUAUUUGGUGCGAGGAAAUUCCUUCUUUUUUGUCCUAGGGAGGAAAUUCCUUGUAUUAUCUUCAUUUAGAAAAGCAAAAAAAAAAAAAGAAAAAAAAAGGCUUAGAGUUCUGUGUUCAACUGCAAAGAGUUGUUGAUCAACAUAUUCUAGGACAGUGAUUGUCAUAAAUUGUGUUGAAAUGCAAUGUAAUUUUAUACACUUUGAACUAAAUUAAAAUGAGUCCAUUAGAAGAAAAAAAAUUUGCUAGUCAUGAAAGAUGUUACAUAUAGUUAAGGACAUUGGUUUAUUUGAAGGGUAUGUUUAACCUAUGUAAAGAGUGAAAUGUACCAUCCACGUACGUAUAUAUUUUGGUAAGAGCAAGUCUCACCAGUGCACUCACUGUAAAAUGCAUUAGGUUGCCAUGUACAAUAACACAUUUUUGAACGAAAAUUUUGUGUAAUUCGAGGACUUUAAAUGUACAUUCGGUAAUUUUUCUAAUAAUUAUAUAUAAAUUUAUAGUUUUAGUAUACAAAUUAGGUGAAAUAUUUAUGAUUUUGUGAAAAAUAAGAAUUAUCAAACUGCCCUUCGAGCACCACUUUCAAUAUGUGCGCAAAUCACUUUUUAGUAAAUAAAUUCACUGGGACAAUAUCCGUUUGUCGAUCCGAAUUAAGACAUGGUGUUCAUGUUCGACCAAUCGGUUUAUAAACCUUUCAAAUAAAAAA